GUAUUUGCGUUUUAUACUGUAUUGAGUACUCGUAGAUUGUUUCGUGGUGGUUCGUUUUCUGUAAUUUUUUCACGUUUGAUUCUCUAUCGUAUAUGGAUUGAAGAAACUCGAGGACCUAUCUCAUGAGUUCAUAGAUACAAUAUGGUUUCGCUUCGUAAAGGCAGAAGAAAUUUCACGCCGGUUUUUGAAUUUUGUUCUGCUGUGUUUAUUUUGUUCGAUUUUUGUCUCAGUGUUAGCGAGAGCUCUUGAGUAGAUUACCUUUAAUUUGUGAGAUCACAUUGAGAUAAUCUCGGAGAACGUAUUUUAUUGAAGUUGUUUGUUUGUUUGCAAUCCAGUCUUUUUUCUUGUUCUCUUGGGGCUGUUCUUUUGCUGCUUGUAUCUGAGGUUUCUGGAGUUUUUUAAUAUUUAAGUCUAGAGUGGAGCUACUUUUUAAGUCUGUUAAUGUGGGGACGUGUAGUUGUUUCGAUUCUUCCUUUGGGUUCAAAAUAUGGAUCUGGAUAUGAUUGCGGUGAACUGAGUUUGGAGUACUGUUGCGUAUCUCUUCCUUUGCUUUUAAGGGAUUUUUCUUUUAAAAAUGUAUGUAGAGAUCUUUGUAUCGUGUUCCUUGAUUAAUUUGGAUUAUUUGAAACGCUGCUUUUAUCUCUAAAUUUUGUGUUUUCCCACUUGACUGAACAUGAUUUGUUAUGGUAGGUGUUGACGAAAAAAUUUCUGUGUUCUUCUGAAAUAGCAACUUCAGAAUUCGAUCUGGUUUUUCUUUUGCAUUGGUUUUUGCACUUGGAAUUUGUUUCUUGGAAAUCCUAUUUCUUUGGUUAAUUACUUGGGUGGAUCUAAUUGGUUGCUAAUGAACGUAUGUCUUAUUUGGAUACUCGUUCAUGCUUGAUAAAAUCUUGCAAGGUUAAUGUUUCUUGAUAUGCUAAUUAUAGAAUCAGUAAAGAUAAAAAGAUAUGGUCAAGCGGUUUGCAUGUUGUGAAUGGCUUUUGCAGAUGGACGUUGUUCAAAUAAAAAACCAAGGUACUUGCGGCAAGGAUAUGUCAGAUGAGCAGUCUGUUUCUCCAGAAAUUUCAAGUACAUGGGAUGACUUUGGAGAACCCGAGGCUCUUCCUCGAAUUGGGGACGAAUACCAGGCAAUAAUCCCCCCUCUUGUGGUCAAAUCAGAUGAUUUUGGGCUCUUGAAAAUUCAAGCUGGUGGUCUGCAUGAUAUUUACGUUGGAUUUCCUGCACCAUUAGCAUAUGUUUAUGACGUUGAGAUUUUGAAACAGAAGCAACAUAAUGGCAGUGAUAAUUUUGUUAUGGCAUCAAACCAAAGUAAACAUCCGACUGUGACUGAGAAACAGGAUGUUUCAGAAACUCAAGAAGUUAAAUCUUGUGAUGACAUGACAAAUAAGGAUUCGAAACGUGCAACGACUUCAUGCAAUUCAACAAGUUUUCGGCUUCAACAAGAAAUGAAGAUGGAAAUGAAAGAAAGCAAUGUUGGUAAUGGUCAAUGGUUGAUUCCUGAUUCCUCUUAUGAUUCCUGGAGCGACGUAGAAAUGGCGAGUCUUCUCCUUGGACUAUACAUUUUUGGUAAGAACCUCAUUCAAGUGAAGAAAUUUCUUGGAACUAAACAGAUGGGUGAUAUUCUUUCAUUCUAUUAUGGGAAAUUUUAUGGAUCCGAGAAAUACCGUAGAUGGACGGUAUGUCGUAAAGCAAGAGGCAAGAAAUGUAUAUGUGGACAGAAGUUAUUUAGUGGCUGGAGGCAGCAGGAAUUGUCAUCUCGUUUGUUGUCCUCAUUGUCAGAGGAAAAGCAAAAUAUCCUAGUGGAGGUUUGUAGGGGAUUUAUUGAGGGUAAAGUACGGCUGGAGGAAUAUGUAUUCUCUUUGAAAGCUACAGUUGGGUUGAAUGCCUUUGUAGAGGCUGUUGGAAUUGGUAAAGGAAAACAAGAUCUUACCAGCACUGCCAUGGAUCCAGUUAAGUCUAAUCAUGCUCAUCCAGCCCGGCCAGAAAUACCAAUUGGCAAAGCAUGUUCCACACUUACACCUGUUGAAAUUGUCAAAUUUCUCACAGGAGAUUUCAGGUUGAGCAAAGCCCGAUCAAGUGACCUCUUUUGGGAGGCUGUUUGGCCUCGCUUGUUAGCAAAAGGCUGGCAUUCUGAGCAGGCUAACAAUUACGGUACUGUCGGUUUAAAGCACGGUUUGGUGUUUCUGAUCCCUGGUGUGAAAAAAUUUUGCAGACGAAAACAAGUUAAGGGAGAACAUUACUAUGACGCCAUUAGUGACGUCCUGAGUAAGGUUGCUUCCGACCCUGCGCUUCUCGACCUCGACAUUGUCGACAAAAACUGCAGUGAUAAGGAAGAGAGCGAGUCGUCUGGUCAGCAGCGUUAUUGUUAUCUUAAGCCACGAACGCCCGUUCAUAGUACAAAUACAAUGAAAUUUAUGGUUGUUGAUACAAGUUUGGCUGAUGGAAGCACAUUCAAAGUUCGAGAACUACGAAGUUUGCCAAUUGAAAUCAUAAAUACCUAUGUUUCCAAGAGUCAGUUUGAAGAUGAUGAACAAAUUUCUUCAGAGAUUUCAAUGGAUGAUACUCAUUCUGAUAACACUAUGCAUUUUAAUAAGGAAGUAAGCGACAUUUCCAAAGGCACAAGAAUCAGCUUGGAUGAAAAAGUUCAUAUUGAUGAGGAAACUUGUGUAGGUAAUUCUUCAAACAAGGUGUCUUCAAAUGAUAGCCAACAAAGAGAGGCUGUUCUGCACCAAAUGAGUCAGGGAAAGCCAAAUUCCGCAAGUUGGGAACUAAACACUUGCGGUCAACAAGUAAGCUGCAAUCUAAUUAAAAUAUUCACAGAUUCUGAGCUAAAAGAGGAACACAGUUCAUCUGAUCAUUAUGAUUUAAGCCGCAAUAUUCUCCUUCAAGUUGAUAAUCUGCCCCUGUCUUCUUUAUCCAAGAGAAGUACAGUUAUUAGUUAUGUGGAUGAUCCUACUGUUGUUGAAGCACCACGAAGUAGACAUGUACCUCGUACUUUGAUUGAUCUUAAUUUGCCUAUUCCUCAAGAUUCCGACAGCCAUGGAAGCUCCACCAUGGAAGUAAAAGGACAGAAAACUAGACCAAAUAAGUGUUCGGAGAGCCUCGAUGUUUCAGAACGUGACUCGUCCAUGAUUUCUCGAAGACAAAGUAAUCGAAACCGACCUCCAACCACUAGAGCUUUGGAAGCUCAUGCUUUAGGACUAUUGGAUGUAAAACAGAAGCGAAAGAGUAAGGAUGUCUUUCUAGAGGAGAAUUAUAUGUUGGGGACUUCUUCCCAGCACGCUCAUGCAGCAAAGGUGAGACACCUAGAUAAGUUUGGAAAUGGCAUUGUGGAUUUCAAAUUAGAGGACAGGGAAAGUAGUGUUUGCAAUGACAAUACUAACAUGUUCCAUAAGCUGGAAGUUUAAUCUGACAGAGAAGUAUCCAUAUAGGCUUACUUUCUCACGAGAUCGAAUGAUACUUCGUAACCAUAUUCGAUUCAUUUCAAACUAAUCUAUUGAAGCCUCGUGGUGAGCCGAGUCACCUUGCAACUCCCAUGGCCGUCGUCUGCUCGUCCUGUGGAAAUUCAGAUACUAAGCCUCUCUACCAUAUGAACUUGAAUUAGUUGCAUCUCAUCAGUUCGAAUCUUGGUCGAUGUGUCUCUUCGAUUGCUCCAUUCUCAAACUCCCUUAUGUUUUGCACCUGUAUAGUGUCCAGUGGUGAAAGUAGAACUUGUCUCAUGAGUAAUGGCUUCAUCUUCCCACCCUCAGAAAUAAAGCUGACCCUUGUUCUAGCUCGUCAAUCCGUCUACGACGAAUGUAAAUACAAAAGAAAACGUCGGUCGGGUAGGGACAAAGAUCUCAGAAUCAACAGCAGAAGGUUGCUGUAUCUGUUCCUGUUCAGAGCAUACAGAUACCAGAAGCUAAAUUGCCAAUACUGCAGGUACCAAAUUCUUAUCCUUUUACCUUUGGAUUGCAAGAUGGAUAACGUUAUAUUUUAUUUGUGUUUGAAAAAACAAAAGAUUUAGACAAAGAAACAACCAUAAAUGUGGAUUAACUUAGACGCAACUACUAAUGUUAAACCGUUGGAUUUUGUUUGAUUUU